UAUCCAAGUCAGAUUCACUCUAUCAGCGUGUGUUUGCGAGGGGUCGUCAGGCGGUAGUGCAUAUUUUGACCGCUUUUUUUGGGAAGAGACGCCGCCGAAAAUUACCCCACUGGCUGAAGAAACCCACCCCCCGGUGACGACUUCUGUGAAAUAAGUGAACGCGGCGUCUGCGCCACACGUACAACCAACAAACGCAGCCAGGCUAUCAGAUACCUAGCCUGCUAGCCUCCCUGAAAAGUGACGGGAAUCUGGGUGUUGAUAAUAAUUACCCACCAGCUUUCAUCCGCGCGCUGCCUGGAUCUUCUCCUCGCGCUCCGGGCCGCUCCGUUCAGGUCGCGCGAGCUCCAAGAACAAAAAUAUAAAGGUUCCCUCGUUUUAGUGUCCAACUGGCUGCCCGAGAGAGACAGCAGCGUCUCUGCGUUGCGUUGGUUUGUGACACCCUCACACCCAUCUCCCCCCAACCCCCUUCACCUCUUGUCCCUCUUCUUCCUCCACCCGGAACGCUGGACAUCCACAAGCUGCCGGACAGCGGCGAAGGGCCGGCGAAGCUGGGGCUGGUAACGGCACCGGACUCGCAGGGAGUCACGACGGCCAUAGGGAAGCCCAGCAGCAGGGAUCCACCACCGACGGGCAGCAGCAUGGACGGGCUGGCCGUGGAAGUUCGCGGCUCGAACGGGGCCUUCUACAAGGGUUUUAUCAAAGACGUCCAUGAAGACUCCCUCACAAUCGUAUUUGAAAACAACUGGCAGCCAGAAAGACAGUUGCCCUUCAGCGAUGUGCGGUUGCCUCCCCCAGCCGACUACCACAAAGAGAUUGGUGAAGGCGAGGAGGUGGAGGUUUUCUCCAGAGCCAAUGAACAGGAACCCUGUGGGUGGUGGCUGGCACGGGUCAGGAUGAUGAAGGGUGAGUUUUAUGUAAUUGAAUAUGCAGCAUGUGACGCCACGUACAAUGAGAUCGUCACGUCGGAGCGCAUCCGGCCUCUCAACCCCAACAGCCCCGCGACUCGAAACACGUUCCACAAGGUCACCAUCGCCAUCCCAGAAGACCUGAGAGACAUAUGUUCAAAUGACAACAUUCACAAAGACUUCAGGAAAGCUAUUGGAGCGAACUGCAUCUUCUACAGCGCCCAAACACACGAACUCAUCGUGCUGUCUACAAAUGAUACGACGGUGAAGCGUGCAACUCUUCUGAGUGACAUGCAUUUCCGCAGCAUCCGUACCAAACUCAUCUUAAUGUCACGCAACGAGGAAGCCACCAAACAUCUGGAGACCAGUAAGCAGUUAGCAUCAGCUUACCAGGAGGAGGUGAGAGUCAGAGAGGAUCUGAUGGGGCUCGCCAUCGGCUCUCAUGGUGCCAACAUCCAGCAGGCGAGGAAGGUUCCUGGUGUUACAGCCAUCGAACUGGAGGAAGAGAGCUGCACGUUCAGGAUCUAUGGAGAGACCCCGGAGGCAGUGAAGCAGGCCAGAGAGUUUCUGGAGUUCAAAGAAGACUACUUCCAGGUACCCAGGAACCUUGUGGGCAAAGUCAUCGGUAAAAAUGGCAAAGUCAUCCAGGAAAUGGUCGACAAAUCAGGUGUGGUUCGUGUCAGGAUUGAAGGAGACAACGACAAAAAGCUUCCCCGGGAGGAGGUAGGCAGGCAGGGGGCUGGCAGGGACGACACUGUCAGCAGCAAAGAGGGGAUGGUUCCCUUUGUGUUUGUGGGAACUAAGGAGAACAUCAGCAACGCUCAGGCUCUGCUGGAGUACCACGUGUCCUACCUUCAGGAGGUGGAGCAGCUGCGCCUCGAACGCCUCCAAAUUGAUGAGCAGCUCCGUCAGAUUGGGGUGGGGUACCGAGCCCCUCCCAGCAGAACUGGGCCGUCCGGUGCCGACCGAGAGAAAGGCUACCUGACUGACGAGAGCAGCAACUCCCUGCACGCGUCUCGUACCUACGGGGGCCGCGGCAGAGGCAGGCGGGCCUCCAACAGCCAGUACUCUGGAUACGGUGAGAAGAACGGAGCCACAAACUCCGAGCAGUCCAACGCUUCCGAGUCGGAGGAUGUGGGAGAGCGAGACCAGAGGCCCCGAGGCAUUGGUGGUGAAGAGAGAGGCUCCCGGCGUGGUGGCAGGGGCCGAGGGGCCACCUCGGGAAGAGGUCGUGGAGGCCCCACAUCGAAGCCUUCCAACUCCAUCAGCUCAGUGCUGAGAGACCCGGACAGUAACCCAUACUCUCUGCUGGAGGGAGAGGGAGAGCUGGCUGACACAGACGUCGGUGAGGGCAUGGGAGGAGACCGCCGCAGACGAUCCCGGCGCCGCCGCAAUGACCAGGAGCCCAGCGUGAUGGAUGCUGCUGUGGAGUCAGACGGACAGGCCGGCCCCAACGAGAAUGGGAUUGAUGAAGAAGCUCGACCUCAGCGCCGCAACCGAAGCCGUCGUCGCCGUAACCGUGGCGGCCGGGCCGAUGGAGGAUCAGCCAGCCGUGACCGACAGACAGGGGAGAGUGUGACAGUUGCUGACUACAUAUCUCGUCCCGAGUCCCAGAGCAGGCAGAAUGUGCCCCAGGAGAACCACACCGAAACCAAGGAGAAUGGCACCAGUGCGAAGAAUGACGAGCGAACGCCCUCGAAGCGUUCCCCCAGCAAAGGCACGACUUCAGCCAGCGAGACCCUGACUCUGGUCAACGGGGUUUCGUAAAGAGAUGACGCCCGCCCCCCCCGCAAACCCAAGUCUCGAGCAAGACUCCAUGGCAAACUCUGUCCCUGCUUGCAUUAACUUACACCUUAAACAGAAGAUCGAAACACACCUGACAAAAUACCUGAGUUCAUCCAACGAGAGUGAAAAAGUACAAAAAAACGACCGACGCAUCUACUUAAACCACACGUUAACGGUGUAUGCUAUCCUAUAUAUCAGUACUUAGUGCUUAUUUAAAAACACAACUAGCUUACCCAACGAGAGCUGGUGGAUAUGACUUGAUUUCUAAAAAUACUGAAACACAAGAAACAGGACAAGACUUUUUAUUUUUCAACGAUUGUCUUUAUUUGUGUCCUCCUUAUGUUUUUACUUUAGUUGUUUAUCACUGGUUUGGACUCUGCGGUUGCUCUCUGAACCAAAACAGACGUGUCUCUGUAUUCAGGAGAGAUGUGAGCUGUAGGCAUGUGAGCAGACGGUCCAAAGGCUGAUGUGACGCAGCGUUCACACUGAAGACGGACACAUGGGAAUAUUGAUAGACAUUGUGCCUUGAAUUUGACAAAAAAAAAAAAAAAGAAAAUCUAAUAAACACUUGAGUUUUUCCAUUAAGUUUGUUUUUGUUUCCUGAGCGGAAGAAAAGAGGGAGGAAGUAGUUUCCCUUUUUUUUCCAAAGAAGGGAACAGACCAGUGACGGGGUGGCUGACCAACGUGAGGACAGCAAAGUUUGGUGCCAAAACUAAAGUCCAAGCUGCUUGUUCUGAGUCUUGGUAGAGUGGACAGUGCUGAGAUGACCUUAAACUAAAACAUGAGGGUACCGAACACAAAGCCCUGGACAGUUUGUCUUGAGGGGGGCUGUUUCACCGCCUUCUGCUUUAUUUUAUUUUUUAUUCAGUAUUUUGGAGGGUCUGGGCUGCAGCAGAACAAGCCGAGACCAGAGCGCAGCAGACCUGAACCUAGAGAAUUGGACUUACAGAGAGCUCCGCUGCUCCUCUUCCUCUUUGUCAGAGGUUGCGGCCAUGUUAGCGUCUUCUGAAACCACGGCUACAGCUCCGAACACACGGGGGGGCCACCAGCUUUUCUGUGACGAGUGCUGCUAGUGGGGGAGGGAGGGAGGCCGGUGGGGUUGGGAUGGCUUCAAAUGAAAUGAGAGCUACAUGACACACAGGCCCACAAUCUACAGGUACACACACACACGUCAGGCACCAGGCGUGCACACACCCAGGCGAUUCCACCGUGUGGUGCAGAGUACCGGAGGGGAGAUGUGACCAGAGUUAGGUGUCGGUCCUGUACCUGUCCAUGUGGGUCGACAUGAUGGAGUCGGAGACGGACUGGAAACCUCAGUGGCUCUCUGCUCAUGUUGUCACCGUUGUCUUGGUUACCGCUCGCAAUUUCCUUUUUGUUGCUAUUUCCACAUCUCUAGAAAGUACGAAAUAAAAUAUUAAAGUGAAAGCAA